AGAGAGAGAGAGAGACACAGAGAGAGAGCCAGAGAUCCGCAGAGCCGGAGCGAUCUUCCCACGACCGAACCGCUACAGGACCUGAGACCAGUGCAUUAGACACGCAACCCCCUGCUGUGGGUUCCCUCUGCUGUCCGGUAACCAGGUCGCCAUGCUGACCGUCUGAUUAGCCGUCUGUGUGCCUGUCUGGAGGAACUGACCGUUAUUCGGUGUACUGGGCCGUUAUUCAGUGGAUGUAUGUCGACGCCUCUCGGUAUGAAAUGUCUGAACUAACAACGAUGAGGAAUCUGCUGCUCGUGUUUCUCCUAACUGUAAUCUGCUUGAGACGCGAGGCGCUCUGCGGUUCUCCCAGUGUUCAGAUCGGAGGGCUGUUCCCACGCGGUGCUGAUCAGGAGUAUAGUGCGUUCCGGAUUGGAAUGGUCCAGUAUGGAACCCAGGACUUCCGCCUCACUCCUCACAUAGACAACCUGGAGGUUGCCAACAGCUUCGCUGUCACCAACUGCUUUUGUUCCCAGUUCUCUAGGGGUGUCUAUGCCAUCUUUGGUUUCUAUGACAAGAAGAGUGUGAACACCAUCACAUCUUUCUGUGAGACCCUCCACGUGUCCUUCAUCACACCGUCCUUCCCUGCUGAUGGACUCAAUCAGUUUGUCCUUCAGAUGAGACCCGACAUCAAGGGACCUCUGGUCAGCUUAGUGGAGUAUUACAAGUGGGACAAGUUCGCCUACCUCUAUGACAGUGACAGGGGUCUGUCCACCCUGCAAGUGAUCCUGGAUACAGCAGCAGAGAGGAAGUGGAUUGUAACAGCCAUCAACGUAGGCAACCUGAAGGAUGAGAGGAAGGACGAGGCGUAUCGCUCCAUGUUCCAAGACCUGGAGAUACGAAAGGAGAGGAGAGUCAUUCUGGACUGUGAACAAGACAAGGUUAAAGACAUCAUGGACCAGGUCAUCACCAUUGGCCGACAUGUUAAAGGAUACCAUUACAUCAUCGCUAACCUGGGCUUCGUUGAUGGUGACCUGUCUAAGAUCCAGUAUGGGGGAGCCAAUGUGUCAGGUUUCCAGAUUGUUGACUUUGAGGAGCCACUCGUCUCCAAGUUCGACCAGAGAUGGGAAGCACUGGAGGAGAAAGAGUACCCUGGUGCUGACAGCAGGAUCAGGUACACAUCAGCUCUGACUUAUGAUGCGGUCCAGGUUAUGACUGAAGCGUUCCGGACACUCACCAAGCAGCGGAUCGAUUUCAGUCGUCGUGGAAAUAACGGGGACUGUCUGGCCAAUCCAGCAGUGCCCUGGUCUCAGGGGAUGGAGAUAGAACGCGCUCUCAAACAGGUGCGUGUGGAUGGGCUGACAGGUAAUAUCCAGUUUGACCAGUAUGGUAAAAGAGUCAACUACUCCGUCAACGUGAUGGAACUGAAGAACACUGGACCAGUUAAGAUUGGCUACUGGAAUGAAGUGGACAAGAUGGUGGUGACUAAACUAGACAUCUUCCCCAACGACACUAAUGGGAUGGAGAACAAGACUGUUAUCGUCACAACUAUCCUGGAAGCCCCAUACGUGAUGCUAAAAAAGAAUGCUGAGUUGUUCCUAGACAACGACCGUUACGAAGGCUACUGCGUCGACCUGGCAGCAGAGAUCGCUAAGCACUGUGGGAUACGCUACCAGCUAAGGAUUGUGGGAGAUGGAAAGUACGGAGCUCGAGACGCUGAAACCAAGAUCUGGAACGGGAUGGUUGGAGAGCUGGUGUACGGGAAAGCAGACAUAGCCGUAGCCCCUCUCACUAUCACCCUGGUCCGAGAGGAGGUGAUCGACUUCUCCAAGCCAUUCAUGUCUCUGGGCAUCUCCAUCAUGAUCAAGAAGCCCCAGAAGUCUAAACCAGGGGUUUUCUCCUUCCUGGACCCGCUGGCCUAUGAGAUCUGGAUGUGUAUAGUGUUUGCCUACAUCGGUGUGAGCGUGGUGCUGUUCCUGGUGAGCCGGUUCAGCCCGUAUGAAUGGCACAUGGAGGAGUAUGAGGAUGGCCAGCUGCCCACCAGCGAGUCCUCUAAUGAGUUUGGGAUCUUUAACUCUCUGUGGUUCUCUCUAGGAGCCUUUAUGCAGCAAGGCUGUGAUAUCUCCCCAAGGUCUCUAUCAGGACGUAUAGUGGGUGGUGUGUGGUGGUUCUUCACUCUAAUCAUCAUCUCGUCCUACACGGCCAACCUGGCUGCCUUCCUCACUGUGGAGAGGAUGGUUUCUCCUAUAGAGGGAGCAGAGGACCUGGCUAAACAGACGGAGAUCGCCUACGGGACCCUGGACUCUGGCUCUACCAAGGAGUUCUUUAGGAGGUCGAAGAUUGCACUUUUUGACAAGAUGUGGCAGUACAUGAAGUCAGCAGAGCCGUCUCCGUUUGUGAAGAAGACAGCGGAGGGGGUGCUGAGAGUCAGGAAGUCCAAGGGGAAGUACGCGUACCUUCUGGAGUCCACCAUGAACGAGUACAUCGAGCAGAGGAAACCCUGCGACACCAUGAAGGUGGGAGGGAACCUGGACUCUAAAGGAUACGGCAUCGCCACGCCAAAAGGCUCCCCAUUAAGAGUGCCAGUAAACCUAGCGGUGUUGAAACUCAGUGAACAAGGAGUCUUAGACAAGCUAAAGAACAAGUGGUGGUACGAUAAAGGGGAAUGUGGAACCAAGGACUCAGGAAGUAAGGAGAAGACCAGUGCUCUGAGCCUCAGCAACGUAGCAGGUGUGUUCUAUAUCCUGGUUGGAGGACUGGGUCUGGCCAUGCUGGUGGCCCUGGUGGAGUUCUGCUACAAGUCCCGGGCCGAGGCCAAGAGAAUGAAGAUGACAUUUACAGAUGCCAUGCGGAGUAAGGCCAGGCUGUCCAUCACGGGGUCCUCUGGAGAGAACGGGCGUGUUCUGACCCCUGACUUCUCUCACCCUUCUGACUUUCCCCGCGUCCCCUACCUCCGACCAGGACUACCCAUGAGCCUCAGCAUGACUGACCUCUCCUGACCACUCCCUCACAGUGCCUUACAGCCAAUCAGAUCACAGAGAGCCGCCGGCCAACUCCACAUCAACCCAUCACGUUUUUCAGAGGACUGGACUUCCUUCCCGCCCUCUUCUCUGAUUGGGCAGACAGCUCUGGGCUGGUGAUGUCAUCACUCUUCCCCUCUAAUCUCUCCCGGGAA